CCUUGAGUGAGCAGGUGGGAGUGAUGGGGUCCUCCAGGGGCUUUGUUUUCUUCCUACUCCUGUACCUGCUCCGGGGGUCAGAAUCGUCCUUGGUGAAGCUGAGUGAGAAUGGUUAUGAAGACGUAAUUAUUGCCAUUGAUCCUGCUGUGCCAGAAAAUGAAAUAAUAAUUGAAAGAAUAAAGGAAAUGGUGACUACAGCCUCUACAUACCUGUUUGAAGCUACAGAAAAAAGAUUUUUCUUCAAAAAUGUAUCUAUAUUAAUUCCUGAGAGCUGGGAAAACAGACCACAGUACAGGAAGCCAAAACAAGAGAGCUACAAACACGCAGAUGUUAAAGUCGCGCCUCCUGCUCUGCCGGGCAACGAUGAGCCCUACACCCGGCAGUUCACGAAAUGUGGAGAGAAGGCUGAGUACAUCCAUCUCACCCCUGACUUUGUCCUGGGGAGAAAACAGAAUGAGUAUGGAGAUUCAGGAAGACUGUUUGUCCAUGAGUGGGCCCAUCUUCGCUGGGGAGUAUUCGAUGAGUACAACAAAGACCAGCCAUUCUACAGAGGUUCAUCAAAGGAAAUUGAAGCUACAAGGUGCUCCACAGGCAUCACUGGUAUGAAUAAAGUACAUAAAUGCCGAGGAGGCAGCUGUACAACCAGAAAAUGCAGAACUAACUCCACUACGCAAUUAUAUGAGAAAGAUUGUCAAUUCUUCCCCGAUAAAGUUCAAUCAGCAAAGGCAUCCAUAAUGUUCAUGCAAAGUAUCGAUUCUGUGACCAGCUUCUGUAAAGAAGAAAACCAUAAUCGAGAGGCUCCCACUCCCCAUAAUCAGAAGUGCGAUUACAGAAGCACGUGGGAAGUAAUCAGCAGAUCUGAGGAUUUUAGAGACAGUGUGCCCAUGGAGCUACUACCCUCCCCACCCAUCUUCUCGUUGCUGAAGAUCAGUGAAAGAAUCGUGUGCCUGGUUCUUGAUGUGUCUGGGAGUAUGUCUCUGCGUGACCGUCUCAAUCGAAUGAACCAAGCAGCAAAGUACUUUCUAGUGCAGAUCAUUGAAAAUGGCUCCUGGGUAGGGAUGGUACACUUUAAUAGCCAGGGCACAAUUAAAAGUGGGCUCAUCCAAAUAAAGAGUGACACCGAGAGAGAGAAGCUUAUGGAAACCUUACCUACAGUUCCCGGCGGAGGGACUUCCAUCUGCUCCGGAAUCAAAGCUGCAUUUCAGGCAUUUGAAGGAAAAGGUUUCCAAGUAGGUGGAACUGACAUCCUGCUGUUGAGUGAUGGGGAGGACAACACUGCCAAAACCUGUAUUAAUGACGUGAAAAACAGCGGGUCCGUAAUUCAUUUCAUUGCGUUGGGACCAGAUGCUGAUAUGGCUGUAAUAAACAUGAGCGCAUUAACAGGCGGAAAGCAUCUCUUCGUUUCAGAUGAAGCCCAGAACAAUGGUCUUGUUGACGCUUUUGGGGCCCUUACUUCAGAAAAUGCUGACAUCACCCAGAAGCCACUCCAGCUUGAAAGUAAGGGUGCCAUAUUGAGCCAAGAUCUCUGGCUGAAUGACACUGUAGUCAUUGACAGCACAGUGGGAAAGGACACGUUCUUUCUUAUUACCUGGACAAAUCAAGCUCCUGACAUUUAUCUCAGGGAUCCCAAAGGAACACAAAUCACAAAUUUCACAGUGGACAUACCUUCUAAAAUGGCCUAUCUCACUAUCCCAGGGACAGCUCAGGUGGGCAUUUGGACUUACAACCUUAAAGCCAAAGUAAAGCAAGAAAUACUAACAAUUACAGUAACCUCUCGGGCAGCAAAUUCUUCUGUGCCGCCAAUCACUAUAAAUGCUAAAAUGGACAAAGACACAGGCAGCUUCCCCAACCCAAUGAUCAUUUAUGCAGAAGUUCUACAAGGAUACACUCCCAUCAUUGGAGCCCAUGUGACAGCUAUUAUAGAAUCAAAUAAUGGAAAAACAACAGAGCUACAACUGCUGGAUAAUGGUGCAGGGGCUGAUGCUUCCAAGGACGAUGGGGUCUACUCCAGGUACUUCAUAGCUUAUUCAGAAAAUGGCAGAUACAGCUUGAAAGUACGAGCAAAUGGAGGAACAAACUCAACCAGGCUAAAUUUGCAGCGUCCGUCGAGCAGAGCUGCAUACAUUCCAGGCUGGGUGGUGGACGGAGAAAUUGAAGCGAACCCACCCAGACCGGAAAUGACUGAGGCUGAUCAGCCAAUCCUGGAGAACUUCAGCAGGACAGCAUCUGGAGAUGCAUUUGUGGUGUCCGGUGUUCCAAAUGGUCCAUUGCCUGACAUGUACCCGCCAGGUCAAAUCACUGACCUUCAGGCCACACUCGAUGGAGAAGAGAUCAGUCUAACAUGGACAGCCCCUGGAGAUGAUUUCGAUGUUGGGAGAGUUCAACAGUAUAUCAUAAGAACGAGUGAAAAUAUCAUCGACUUAAGAGACAACUUUGAUGGGGCUCUUCAAGUUAAUACAACUAACCUGAUACCGAAAGAAGCCAACUCCAAGGAAAUCUUUGCCUUUAAACCAGAAAACAUCUCAGAAGAAAAUGCAACCCACAUAUUCAUUGCCAUUAAAAGUGUUGAUAAAGGCAAUUUGAGAUCAGGACUGUCCAACAUUGCACAAGCAGCACUGUUCACCCCUCAAGCAGAGCCGGGACCUGAUGAGCCUGCUGGGCCUGAUGGGCCUGGUGGAAGUUCAUAUUCUGGAGUUAAUGUUUCUACCAUUGUGCUGUCUGUGGUGGGCUCUGUUGUUCUUGUUUGUAUUAUUGCAAGUGCCACUAUUUGUAUCUUAAAGGGAAGAAGGUCCUCAUCAGAACCUGUAACGACAUUUUGAAAAGCAACAUGGAUAAAAGGGUAUUUCUGAGUUUUUAAGUAUAUCCCAUGUGAUCAUGAACACAAAAAUACUUUCAAGAAGGUCUAAAAGAAUACGUCAAGCACACCAAUGCAGUGAAAAGCUACCAAUAUUAAUGUCUGUAAUUUUAUUCACUUAUAAAUAAUGAUAAAUAAAGCUGUUUUUUAUAUUGA